UGCCGAAGAACCAACUGCAACGGUUGCUUGCGGCGCACGCAAAGCAGGAGAAAGUUUAUUUUAAACGGCAACGGAGAAACCCGUUUUAGUUAUUUUCCUUUUCUUGCUGUUGUUUUUUUUUUGUUUUUGUUUUAAUCAACUUGUCAAUUCGCUGCGCGUUCGCAGUUUCAGCCCGUUUUAGAAAAAUGCGUUGUGCAGCACUGGCAAUAGCCCUGCUGCUGGCCUUUGGCUGGACGCCAGCACCUGGCGCUGCUCGGGGCGCUGACGAUUUGAUAUACGGUUACGAGUGCAGCAAUGGUCUGUGCCGCAAGGUCGAGCUGAGCGAGGAGAACUUUGCUCGGGCAAUUAGCCUGCCAGUUUGCAGGCUCUUCUGUGGCAGCAACAUUGGCACACUUUGGCCCAAGCCGACGGGUGCUGUGCAGCUGGAGCCGCUAACGCGUCAGGUGGACGUUGCAACGAUUCAAUUCCAUUUGGCUGGCGUGGACAAAAAGGACAAACUCUGGCAGGCAACGGAGCAGCGUUGGUUGGACUUGCUAGAGGCCAAGAUACCCAAUCGCAAGAGUCUCAAAGAGGGCGGCUAUCAAUUGAACAUUGUUCUUAACACUGCCGACAACGGAGUACCCGCGCGUCUCCAGCUGGACACGGACGAGAGCUACGAGCUGAACAUUGGCUCGAAUAGUGCGGGCCAGGUCACGGCCAAUAUUACGGCUGCCAAUUUCUUUGGUGCACGCCACGGCCUGGAGACGCUCAAUCAGCUGAUUGUCUACGACGAUAUACGCCGCGAGAUCCAGGUGGCGGCCAAUGCCUCCAUCAGCGAUGCGCCCGUCUACAAAUGGCGCGGCCUGCUGCUGGAUACGUCGCGCAACUACUUCUCCGUCAAGGCUAUCAAGCGCACAUUGGAUGGCAUGGCCAUGGUCAAGCUGAACACCUUCCAUUGGCACAUCACGGACUCGCAUAGCUUUCCUCUCGAAGUGAGCAAGCGGCCGGAGCUGGCCAAGCUGGGCGCCUAUACGCCCAGCAAGGUCUACACGCACAGCGAUGUGGCGGAUAUAGUGGAAUAUGGACGCGUGCGCGGCAUACGUGUCAUGCCCGAGUUCGACAGUCCGGCGCAUGUGGGCGAGGGCUGGCAGCAUAAGAAUAUGACCGCCUGCUUCAAUGCCCAGCCGUGGAAUAAGUAUUGUGUGGAGCCGCCGUGCGGCCAGCUGGAUCCCACUGUCGAUGGGAUGUACGAUGUGCUAGAGGAUAUAUUCAGCGAUAUGUUUAAGCUGCACAAUCCGGAUGUCUUCCAUAUGGGCGGCGACGAGGUCUCGGUCGCUUGCUGGAACAGCAGCGCCUCCAUACGCAAUUGGAUGACGCAGCGUGGCUGGGGACUGGCUGAGGCGGAUUUCAUGCGCCUGUGGGGCCACUAUCAGACGGAAGCUCUAAGUCGUGUGGAUCGCGUGGCCAACGGCUCGCACACCCCGAUCAUACUUUGGACGAGCACGCUCACCAAUGAGCCCUACAUUGACGAUUACCUGAAUCCUCUACGCUAUAUUAUACAAAUCUGGACAAAGGGCACUGACAGGGUGAUCAAGAAGAUACUGAAGCGCGGCUAUCGAAUCAUAGUUUCCAACUAUGAUGCGCUGUAUCUGGACUGCGGCGGCGGCGGCUGGGUGACCGAUGGCAACAACUGGUGCUCCCCCUACAUUGGCUGGCAGAAGGUCUAUCAGAAUAAUCUGACCAAAAUAGCGGGCGAUUAUGCGCAUCAUGUGCUUGGCGCCGAGGCUGCCAUUUGGUCGGAGCAAAUCGAUGAGUACACAUUGGACAAUCGUUUCUGGCCACGCGCCAGCGCUCUGGCUGAACGUUUGUGGUCGAAUCCCAGCGAGGGCUGGCGGCAGGCCGAGUCCCGCUUGCUGUUGCAUCGGGAACGUCUCGUCGAGAAUGGCAUUGGGGCCGAGGCACUGCAGCCGCAAUGGUGCCUCCAGAACGAAAACGAGUGUCCCGCUGACGCGUAUGCUCUAUAGUUUUAUCGAGUAGCUUAAGCCAAGUUCCGUC